AUGGCCGACGCACAGACCACCUCAAUCACAGGGACACCCGUGCCAAAUGUCCCUCCUGCAGUACCAGGCCAGGGUGGCGUUUCCACUCCAGCUCAACCAGAGGUUGCCUGCGAAACUUUGUAUAUUCAAAACUUGAAUGAAAAGGUCGGAAUCGAUGUACUGAAGGCGUCGCUACGAGGUCUUUUCAAGUCAUAUGGUGAAGUCCUCGAUGUCGUUGCUCAUGGUAACCUCCGGAUGCGCGGCCAAGCAUUCGUCUCGUUUGCUUCGCCCGAGGUAGCAGCGAAAGCCUUGAAAGAAGUCCGUGGUUUUCCUCUGUAUUCGAAACCGAUGCAAAUCUCGUUUGCGAGAACGCGCUCAGAUGCUGUUGUCAAACGCCUAGCCCCUCAGAAUCUCGAAGUGCAUAAAAGCAGGAGAGGCGAGCAUAAGAAACUUACCCGCUAUACCAACCCUCUGAAGCAAAAACUGCGCAGCAAGAGACUGGCAGCAGCAGGACUGGCUGGUGUCUCCGCAAUUCCGGCGCCCAAGCGUCCUGCCGUCCAAAUGCCAGACGAAUACCUACCACCGAACAAGAUCCUUUUCCUGCAAAACCUUCCCGAAAACGUUACAAAGGACCAACUUAUGGCAUUAUUUUCUCAGUAUCCCAAUUUGUACGAAGUUCGGCUCAUUCCAACAAAGAAAGAUAUCGCUUUCGUGGAAUAUGUGGACGAGGCAAGCGCAAGUGUCGCGAAAGAUGCAUUGCACAACUACAAGCUGGACGGAGAGAACAAAAUUAAGGUAUGUAAUGCACGUCAGCCGGACGAGGACCACCUAACAGAGUAUUGCAGAUUACCUUCGCCCGCAAGUAGAACGUGCACUGCGUUCGCCUUAUUAUUGUAUACGCGGAGUGUAAGAUCUUUUGUAAUGAUGUGCUAA